AUGGCCUCCCUCCCCGCAGAUAGGGCGCCUAUGGACGAAACCAGGUCCUUCUUGGGUCAUGGACAUGAAGACACCCCCGUCGAAGAUGUUGGGCCUUUCAAUCCCUACACACCGUCGACAGAGUCAUCUCGUCCGGCCUAUAACGAGCCAGCCACUCCCGUCAAGGGGACGCGGACGCAUCGUCUCAGCUUGCGAGUAGUGUUCUCUACUGUCAUUGUAUUCGUCGGAACUGCUGGAAUUGCAUCGGCGCUUUUGGGCUGGUUGAUCAUCCACAAGACUCAGCCGACGAUCACCAAAGUCUGGCAAGACGGUGCUUUCCUGUUGGACGAAGGGGAACGCACAGAGGGCGGCCUCCGUUCUGGUCGUUUACUGGGAUUGACGAUAUCGUCCGCCGCCUCAACGGUGUUAUCACUCACCACUCCAGUAAUCAUGGGGCUAUAUGCGUUCCGGAUCGCACAGAAUUGGCUUGAUCACGUUCGUCAAAUGGACCUCAACAUAGAUCACGGUCAGGCUGAGCUGCCGACACCCUUGCAGUAUGGCCUAUUGGUGGAGGUUUUAGGUGCAACAAGCAUUGCGUCGCUAAUUUCAACCACAAGAUACUUUCUUAGAAGCUCUACACGACGAUCCCGUGCGUCCACUAUGUUGAAGAAGGCGUUUGUGGUAGGCCUUUUCGUGUUUUUAUUGUCACAUGCGACCAGCGGCGUAGACCUGUGGCUUCACACUUCGACAUCCACAGUAUUAUUCACUACCUUCUCUCCUACAGAGACUCAAAAUAACUUCAGUAUCAGUCAAAGUCAAUGCCCACCUUACCCGGAUCCUUUUUAUGACGCCAUUCAUCCCUGUCUUUACGGUGCAGGUUAUUGGGGUGCAGGAGUUGAUAGCCUUGCCCCUGGGAUGCAGGUUUCCUCCAACAGCUCCGAUGCCCUCCAAGUCAUCACUAUCAACAACGCAUCCGAUAUGGCUGUCAUUGUGGUGUCCUCUAUCCCGCAGCUACUCAAAUUUGACAUGGAAACCUACGGUGCGCGCGCAUCGUGCCAAUCGGUCACUCCCUUGUGCAGUGUCAACACUUCACUCACAUGCGAAGGCUUUCCAUCCUCCUUCGUCCCCUUCGAUUUCAGCAAGAUUUCUGACAGCGAGCCCGCGAACGCCCAGUCCCAGGUGCAUCUCCAAACGUCCAGUUGUGAAGGAUGUGACCACGUGGACACCUCGGCUGCCCUAGCCUCGGACGAUGUUGGUACCUUGAAUACCGCAAAUCCACCGCCUCUUAACGCCUACUCGACAUGGAUGGAGUUCGUCUGGGUGUCUGAUGGAGACGAUCCCGUGUAUACGGCGAAGGCUUCGAACGCGCUCCUUAUGCCACAGGACAGCAAUACGGCUGUGAUGUUCACAAACUGCUCCCUCGCGUUCUACAACGUUACUCUCACCUAUCUCAAUGGCAGCUACUCGGUUGUCAACGAGGUAUUGUCCAACACAGGGCUUUCUGACGGCCUCGCAGCGCCCACCCGAUUAGGGCACUACUUGUCGCGCCUCGUUGCGAACGUCGAAGGACGCGUUUUCAACGACAACAAUAGCGACUCUGUGAUGGCUUUUCUAUCACAAGACUUCGCCCGUCUGGCCCUUGGUUCCGCCGCGACCAUCACAAACGAGACCAUACCGAGUGUGUCGACGGUGUACCAAAUCAGCGACCAGAUCCUCGGACGUUACCCCGUGUGGCCCAUUUUCAUCUUCCUCGCCCUUCUAUACAUCUACUCGGCGGCGGCGUUGAUAAUCUUAGUCCAGGCCACCAUCUUCUCCAGAGACAUGAUCCUACAGGUACCGUCUGUCGUGAGAAAGGAAGGCGAGAAAGGAAGGACGGUGUCGGCCUUGGAGCUCACGCAGUUGCGCCUUACAAGCCCUCUUUCGCUGGCUGCCACCCUUUAUGCUUCGGAUCGGUCAGAGAUGCUGAAAGCGGAGCUUUCGAUGAAGACAUCUUUGUUGGAUGCGUUUGACGAGCAACCUGGCGAAGAACGAUUGGCAGUGGGGUUUGCAGAUGGGGAGAAGGAUCUGGAAACACAAUGGAGGUCAUUCGGGGUAUGGAAACGUCACGGACGCCAAUCCGAGUCGUCCGACACGUUAUAGCAACUUGCACAACCCAGAUUUGUAUCCUUGCAGCGAAUUCCAAGCGAAUUCUGCGUUCACCACUUCUUGAAAUCUUCGACCGGCACCUUACGUCGGACAUCGUACAUGUACACGAAGGACGUUGAUUGUAUACGAGGCAGAAUCCAUAAAUAACGAAAUGUCAGUCCGUACUGGCGCUAUUCG